AUGGAUCAACACUCCAUUGGUUCGUCGGCACUGGAGUCGAGGGUCCUAAUUAUCAUGACUGGCGGAACCAUAUGCAUGAAGAGAAGCCCAAAUGGCUUCGUGCCUGCAAGAGGGUUCUUGGAGUCUGGCAUGGCUCCUCGUCCUUCAUUUAACGACUUUUCCAAUCCCGAUGAUAUUGUUGUCGUGGUCGACGACGGGACCGAGGUGUCUCACCGUAGCCUGCGAACGCCGAUCAGUACGUAUCAAAAGCAUGUUCGGUAUGCUGUGUUCGAGUUUCAAGAGCUUCUGGAUAGUUCCUCAAUUUCCUCUGAAGGGUGGAGCCAAAUUGCUCAGACAAUCUUCAGAAAUUACAAGCUCUUCGACGCCUUUGUCAUCUUACAUGGCACAGACAGCCUUGCCUAUACGUGCUCUGCGCUCAGUUUCAUGCUGCAAAAUCUAGGGAAGCCGGUCAUCUUGACAGGAAGCCAAGCGCCAAUGCUAGAGCUCCAAAAUGAUGCCACAGAUAACUUGUUAGGAUCCUUGAUCAUUGCCGGCCACUUUAUGAUACCUGAAGUAUGCCUCUUCUUUAAUUACAACCUUUUUCGCGGAAACAGGACUACCAAAGUCUCUGCUAGCGAUUUUUCAGCCUUUGCGUCGCCAAAUGCGCCUCCAUUAGGAACUAUCUCAUCACUCAAGACCCACGUGAAAUGGGAACUGAUCCACAGGCCAACGCAUCUCGAGCCAUUUAGUAUACAAACGAAUCGUGCAACGGGCGAUGUAGCUUGUCUGAGGAUCUUUCCCGGCAUAGAGCCCCGAAUGGUCGAAGCUGUGCUUCAGCUUGAUGGCCUUAAAGGUCUAGUGCUAGAGACUUUUGGCGCAGGGAAUGCCCCUGGAGGACCUGAUGGAGCUCUCACCAAAGUGUUUGCAAACGCAAUCAGAAGAGGCGUCAUUAUUGUCAAUAUCACUCAGUGCAUGACCGGAACUGUCAGUCCCCUGUAUGAACCCGCGAUGUUGCUGAAGCAUGCUGGCGUCAUUCCUGGGCAUGAUAUGACCUCCGAGGCCGCCCUUGCGAAGCUUUCCUAUCUCCUUGCGAUGCCAGGCUUAAACCCUGAAGAUAUCGUACAGAAGAUGUCUGUUUCUUUGAGAGGUGAGAUGACAGAGCAGGUGAACAUGGUAUUUGAGCACCCCAGCGGCGUGUUACCUGACCGACUAGCACGUCUUACGUCCCUUGGAUAUGCUAUCUCCAAGGGGGACGUUCCCGAGAUCCAGAAGCUUUUGAAGGGCGAUCAUGGCUGGCUGCUCAACGAGGCCGAUUACUCCGGCAAUACGCCUUUGCACAUUGCCGCUACAGGACCUAGUCUAGAAAUCCUUCGGAUCCUGCUGACAAAAGGCGCUUCAGUGCACCUGCGAAACAACACCGGCCGAACGCCUUUGUUUGCCUCAGCCAAUGCCGGACUCAUGGAACAUGUCUCCCUACUCAAACGAUCAGGGGCUCAUGUCCAUGCGGACGAGCUCAGCAUGGCUCGAUUGCUCGCUCAAAGUUCACCAGACGUAUGGAGCAUGGUUGGAGUGGCGUAG